CUGAUGUUUGUUAAUAUGUUUAUAUUUAGGUUUAUCAGGAAAGGUAUUGAUCCUGCUCCUCUGGCAGAAAACGGUUUAACUGAAGAACUCCUGGAUAGAUUAUCCACAGCAGCUAGUCCCAGGGGUCAUAAUACUAGUAUUACAGGAACACCUGGAGGUCCCGGAGCUCCCACUGAUUCUGGUGGAAAAUCCUCCCAAUCUGUCUCCACCACCAUCUCUCUCCUCUCCACCCUGUGCAGGGGCUCCCCCACCAUAACCUUCAAUAUUCUGAGGUCCAGUCUUCCUGUGGCUAUAGAGAAGGCUCUGGAGGGAGAUGAACGGUGUGUGCUGGACACUAUGCGACUAACUGAUCUUCUUCUGGUCCUGCUGUUCGAGGGCCGAGCAGCUCUUCCUAAAGCUCCGCUUACUCCCAUAGCGUCCAGGCAUCAUCCUGACGCGUCCCGACUGGCCGGUCUACGCAGGAUGGAUAGCGCGGGAGAAAGGACGCAUAGACAGCUAAUAGAUUGUAUACGAUCCAAGGACACGGAUGCUUUAGUUGAAGCUGUGGAGAGUGGCCAGGUUGAGGUAAACUUCAUGGAUGAUGUUGGACAAACCUUGUUAAACUGGGCUUCAGCAUUUGGUACUCAGGAGAUGGUGGAGUUCCUUUGUGCCAAGGGGGCUGAUGUAAACAAAGGUCAACGAAGUAGCAGUUUGCACUACGCUGCUUGCUUUGGAAGACCUGGAAUUGGAAAGGUUCUUCUCAGACACGGAGCCAACCCUGAUCUCAGAGAUGAGGAGGGUAAAACCCCCCUGGACAAGGCAAGAGAGAGGAACGACGAGGGACACCGUGAAGUUGCUGGACUCCUCCAGAGUCCUGGAGACUGGAUGGUUCAGGAACCUGGUCCUGUUCAAGAAAACCAGGAGGAAACAGGACCAAAAGGAGAUCCUGAGAUGGUUCCAAUAUACGUGUCCACCCUCCUCCCUGUGUUCUGCCACACCUUCCACAGCUCUAUGAUCUUGAGCGUGAAGAGGGCGUCCCUGGGGCUGGUGAAGAAGAUAAUCCACUACAUGGACAAAAAUCUUCUGGACGCCACUUCUAACACAGAUGUUGCAGGUGACGUUGUUCAAGUGAUCGCCAGUGUGCUUGAUACUGAAGAUGACGAAGAAGGACAUCUUGCCUGUCUCCAUAUCAUUCAAGAUCUAAUGCUCAAUACAAAAGAUACUGAGAGUAAAUGGUUGGAAUAUUUUGCCAAGCUUGGAGUGUACAGUAAAGUCAGUGUACUCUGUGAACCCCAGGAGGACAUCUUGGAUCUGGGUUCAAUAUCAGAUACUUUCAUUGGAGAAGACGAAUCAUCAGGAUCCCGGGAUACUGAUAUAGUAUGUGGCAGAGCCUAUUACUGGAAGGAAUGGUGUCUAGCUAAAGGAAGAGACUGCUUGUAUAUUUGGUCAGAUGCUGCAGCACUAGAACUAUCCAACGGUUCUAACGGAUGGUUUAGGUUUAUCUUGGAUAACAAGCUGGCUACUAUGUACAGCAGUGGAAGUCCUGAAGGUGGAUCAGAUAGUUCAGAGAAUAGAGGAGAGUUUCUGGAGAAACUACAGCGAGCAAGGUCUAGUGUCAAGCCAUCUUCAUCAGCUAUUGAGCUUUUCAAGGAUGGGCCAAAUGAAAGAACAAUUUCUGUCGGGAACUGGAUUCUUGAAUGUAAGAAAAUAGGAGAACUCAAAAUUGUUAACAGUGACGGGCAAACUCAGUCCACGACUCUAAGAGAGGAUCUGGCAGGUUUCCUGUUCGAAAGCAACCGCGGGACCAAACAUAGCUUUACAGCUGAAACUUCCUUAGGUCCGGAGUUUUCAGCAGGAUGGUCUGCCAAGAAGUCUAAGAAGCUUGUUUCCAAAAGUGACCAAACAAGGCAGAAAAUCCGCAAGCUCUCCAGAGACAUCUAUGAUCAAUAUUUUGAAGCAGCGCAAGCUACACCCCGUGGUAUUGUAGCAGACCUAGCAAACAUAGUUUCCAAAGUCGACAUGGCUGUGAAGAAGCAGGCUAAGAACAGUUCUGGAAAUGAGUGGAAGGAAGGAUUAAGCUCUGCUCUGCUAGAACUAUCUGAACUACUCAAGGAUGACUCUAGUGUGUCUGCAUACGAACUAAAUAGUUCAGGGUUGAUCCAAUGCUUCCUAAAACUGUAUGGUACAGCUGGAGGACCAGAGAAGAGUAAAUAUCAGAAGAAGGCAAAGCGGCACCAUGAGGCAAGACUCGCUGUGAUCAGAGAAACCCUUCCAGUGGAAACCACAGUUACUCUUGUAAAGAAACUAAUCUCUGUGCUUGAGACUAUAGAGAAGCUGCCAGUUUACCUCUAUGAUCAGUCCAAUGGAGGAUACGGUCUUCAAAUCCUCACCCGAAGACUUAGGUUUAGAUUAGAGCGUGGAUCUGGGGAGAUGGGUUUGAUUGAUAGAUCUGGUCGAUCGUUAAAGAUGGAACCCCUUGCCACAGUCCGGCAACUGGAAAGGUUCUUGUUGAAGAUGGUAGCCAAACAAUGGUAUGACUAUGAGAGAACAACAUUUAACUUCAUCAAAAGAAUAAUGGAGUCAAAUGUUACAUUUAAUUACCAGAGUGAUUUUGACGAGCAGGGUUUGCUCUACUGGAUCGGAACUAAUGGUAGAACUGCUGCUGAAUGGGUCAACCCAGCUCAGUAUGGUCUGGUUGUAGUGACCUCUAGCGAAGGGAGAAACCUGCCCUAUGGAAGACUUGAGGACAUUCUAUCCAGGGAACCAGGGGCUCUGAACUGCCACACGAAUGACGACAGAAGGGCUUGGUUUGCUAUAGACCUUGGAGUCUGGAUAUCCCCAACCUCUUACACCCUGCGGCAUGCUCGAGGAUAUGGACGAUCAGCUCUCCGAACCUGGCAGCUUCAGGGGAGUAAGGACGGGAUCAACUGGACUGUGCUGUUAGAGCAUAACCGAGACGAGAAGCUGGGAGAACCUGGAUCCACAGCAACCUGGCAGAUACCGCCGCAUCCUGACGAAGCAGGAGGUUGGAGACAUAUCAGGGUUCAACAGAUGGGAAAAAAUGCCUCAGCACAGACACACUACCUUUCUCUCUCUGGAUUUGAAAUAUAUGGAAUUGUGACUGGAGUUUGUGACGAACUCGGAAAAGCUGCAAAAGAAGCAGAAGCUGCUCUCCGGAAACAGCGACGCAUUCUGAAAAACAACAUGGUCCGUCACAUUGUAAGUGGGGCCCGGGUAGUUCGAGGCCUGGAUUGGAAGUGGGGAGACCAGGAUGGACCAGGGGGUCCUCAAGGAGAGGGAACAAUAACAGGAGAGAUUCACAACGGUUGGAUUGAUGUUGCUUGGGACCACGGAGCAUCUAAUAGUUAUAGGAUGGGAGCAGAAGGGAAAUAUGAUCUAAAGCUGGCACCAGACUAUGAUCCGGAGGUUUCUUGUGGUCCUACCUCGACCUGCGGUAAAACCCUGUACACCUCCCCGCCGACCUCAACAACCUCCACAACAGCCACAGCCUCCCCUCUCGUCAAGCCAGAGAGACCUCAAGCCCGACCUCUGACUGGAAGGAAAGCAGCCUCUAUUCCCAGUAUUCCCGAUGCUACAACAGGGAAGUCUUUGGUUGAGAGCUAUGAGCAAACUGUUUCAGCAGAUAAUCUCUCCAGCAGUAACCAGCCUCAAGACUCCGCCGCUCUUACUGAGGGCGGAGCAAGAGAAAAUCUCUCCGCCGGUGAAACAAAUCUAGUAGCGGAGACUGUUGCUGCAAAUGUUCUUUCACAGGUUUUAUCUGGUGGUGAGUCCCAUCUGGGUCUUGAGUCUCCCAACGACAAUGACACGUUGUCCCCACUGUUGGAGGUUGUGGAUAAUCUAGAACGGGAUUCGAGGUCGAACAACUCCAACUUGAACUCUGGAAGAUUAGGUCUAGGCACGGAGAAGAUGGAUAACAAGUCAGCAGGACUAGAUGUUGUAUCUCUGGCCUCUACCCUGGCAUCUGACCUCGCACACCUGGUGGAGUCGAUGAACCUCGCUGAUCGACCAAACUCAAAUACUAAUAGGUUCAACUACCUGGAGCUGACCGCUGCAGAUCUAAACUCUGAACUAAACCUAGCUCUGGACAGUGUAGUUACUACUCCUACCCCUCCACCAACCACUGGCUCUCUCAUGGCUUGUGUCACAACUCCACCUCCCAACUGCCCUCCACCGCCUCCUCCGCCCAAUAACCAGGCGAACUCCGCCACAGAUGAUGAGAAAAGGCGGGUGCAGGAGGUAGAUGAGAGGCCGGAUACCCGGAAAGAAAACUCUGUUUCCGUCCCAAACCUCUCCAAUCAUGCAGACUCUACUGCUGUCAGUUUAUUGGAGACAUUUGCGGCAGUGGCGCGCAGGCGUACAUCUGGUGCAUCUAGCAGCGCGGCAUCCACGAACGCUAACAAUAGUCGGAACACGGCCAACUCCUUGAGUUCAGGAGUGUUUGGACGCGGGUUAUCCACGAAUAGUGUUUCUAGUUUAGUUCGUCUCGCCCUGUCGAGCAAUUUCCCUAGUGGGUUACUCAACCAGGCCCAGUCCUACCCUAGCUUGAAUCCUGGACAAGGAAACAAUGGAUCUGACCGACAGAACUACGAUUCUGAGCAGGUUUCAAUGGAAGAGUUUCUAGAGUCGUGUAGAGCCACUACACUACUUGCUGAACUAGAGGAUGAUGAGGAGCUCCCUGAGGCUGAAGAUGAUGAUGAGGAGAAUGAUAAUGAAGAAUAUUGUGAGGAUAACUAUGAUGAAGAAUCAUCUGACUCUGCUAGAAGCGUCCUAAGUAAGAGAAAACAGUGGGAUGACGAUCAUGUGCUGAAGCGUAAAUUCUCUGCUCUUAUCCCCGCCUUCGAUCCCAGGCCAGGUCGGACCAAUGUCAACCAAACCACAGAUAUCACUGUACCUGUCCCUGGUGAAGGGGAGGGGAAGGUUAGCCCCGCCCCUGGACUCCAUCAGACUCCUGGACUAGUACUUGUGGUUCGAGGUCCUAAUCUACCUGGAGUACAGGAUAUCGAGGUUGAGCUUACUAAUCCUGACUGGACAAUAUUCAGAGCUGUUCAAACAAUAAUUCAGAAUACGAAUCUUGGAUCUAAAUCAGAUCGGUUCCGCCGAGUAUGGGAGCCAACAUACGUGAUCCUUUAUAGGGAGCAGAGGGAAGGAUCCGCUCCAAGGGAGGAUUCUCUCCCCUACCUCUCAGCUCCAGGAUCCAGAAGGGGAUCCUCACUCCCCCAGCUCCCUAUUACAGCAAACACCCAGUGCAGUAUGGAUGAGGUCCUGCAAUUGAUCCGGCAACUAUAUAUUAACAGUGAGAAAUUGGCCGUGAAGCACAAAUCUAUUCUCUCCCCCGAGAACUUCCUCUCAAAGAAAAUCACGAAUAAAAUCGUAACUCAGCUUCAGGAUCCGUUGGUUUUAAGCUCUGCUUCACUUCCUGAGUGGUGUGAACAAUUAACUUUCACUUCCUCAUUCCUCUUCCCGUUUGAGACCAGACAGCUGUACUUCUACUGUACCGCAUUCGGUUCAUCCAGAUCUAUUGUCUGGCUGCAGCAGCAGAGGGAAGCUGACCAGCGAGGUAGAAGCGCUGGGUCAAGCAGGCAGGAUCAUCAAGAUUUCAGAAUUGGUCGAAUAAAGCAUGAGAGGGUUAAGGUACCCCGGGGGGAUAAGAUCCUGGACUGGGCUGUAAAUGUUCUAAAACUUCACGCUGACCGGAAGAGUAUUCUAGAGGUUGAGUUCUUAGAAGAGGAAGGAACAGGUUUAGGUCCAACCCUAGAGUUCUUUGCUCUAGUAGCUGCUGAACUACAGAGAGCUGAUCUAGGCAUGUGGAUCUGUGAUGAUGUUCUAGACAAUAUUACAAGGGAUAAGGGUAGUGGUGAGAAGCCCCCUGGAUACUAUGUAUCCCGUGUAGGAGGAUUAUUCCCUGCUCCUUUACCCCAGGAUUCACAACUUUGUCACAAGGUUUCCAACCUGUUCUGGACUCUGGGAGUAUUCCUGGCUAAGACCCUGCAGGAUAGCAGGCUGGUCGACCUACCAUUGUCCACUCCUUUCCUCAAACUAUUAUGCCAGGGUGAGGUGAGUUCAGAUAUGAAGGAGAUGAGUGUUCUGUAUUCUGGAAACUAUAGUCCGGAACUAGCAGAAGAUAUUAUGACAAGCAGUUCACUUUCAGUUGUAUCAGAGGAGAGUGAGAUCUGGUCUGGAAAUGAGAAGAGCUGGUGGUUUGGUUUACUUGAACUCGAGGAUCUAGAAUAUGUUGAUCCAGGCCGGGGUAGAGUCCUACAACAGCUUCACCAACUCAACUCAACUAAACUUCAGAUUCUGGCGGAUCAGGAACUAUCUGAUGAUGAGAAGGUGGAGAAGAUUAACAGUUUAACUCUUGAUGGCGCCAACAUAGAGGAUCUUGGACUCACCUUCACUUAUAGUCCUUCCAGUGGAGUUUAUGGAUUCAAGGAUGUUGAACUAAAGAGUGGAGGAGACGAGGAGGAGGUUACUAUACAUAACCUUGAUGAGUUUAUUGACAGAACUCUAGACUGGUGUUUUCAUAGAGGGAUAUCCAGGCAGCUGGAGGCAUUCAGAGCAGGGUUUUGUACCGUAUUUCCAAUGGAAAAGCUGGGAUCAUUCAGUCCUAAUGAGGUUCGAACCAUGAUUUGUGGAGACCAGUCCCCAGUAUUCACAAGAGAAGAUGUACUCAAGUACACUGAACCUAAACUGGGGUACACUAAGGAUUCACCAGGAUUUAUUAGGUUUAUGAAUGUGUUGGUGGAUAUGAACAGUGAGGAGAGGAAGGCGUUCCUACAGUUUACUACAGGGUGCUCCUCCCUUCCACCAGGAGGCCUGGCAAACCUUCAUCCUAGGUUAACUGUGGUUCGGAAAGUAGAUGCAGGGGAUGGAAGUUUUCCCUCUGUAAAUACCUGCGUUCAUUAUCUAAAGCUUCCUGACUAUUCGAGUGAAGAAGUGCUGAAGGAACGAUUAAUGGCCGCAACUAUGGAGAAGGGAUUCCAUCUCAACUAAUCAGCUGAUUUCUUCAAGAUCAUCUAAUGUUUUCAAGAUCAGCUAAUUUCUUCAAGCUCAGUUGAUGUUUUUAAGAUAACCUGAUUUCUGAAAGAUCAGCUGUUGUCUUCAAGAUCAGCUGUUGUCUGCAAGAUCAGCUGUUAUCUUUAAGAUCAUUUGUUGCCUUUUUCUGAAACAGCUGAGUUAAAGAGAUUUGUAAUUUCGAUUUUCUUGGUUUUUGUUUAUUCACACCUUGUAUUUUAUUCCCGUAUUAAGACUUAGUUAGAACUAAACCUUAUUCCUGUAAAACUGCACGUGACAGCUGUGCUCGUUUCAUGUUGUAAGAACAUUAUUUAAUGUGAUAUAAUUUUUCAUAAUAAACCAAAAUUUAAAAAUUUAA